AACCCCUGUUAAACUCCCUCCUUCAUGCCUUUCAGCUAUCGCGUCCUCUGCCCUAGAACCAGAGAUUCAGACCCAUAAAUUUUCUAGGUUCUUGACUCUUGAGCGUCUGCUCCGCUUCCUCUGCCCCCAAGAACCAGAGACUCAGACCCCUCCUCCAAAUCUUUUCACUUUAAAGUGUGCUUCUCCCUCCAACCCAAACGCCAAUCUUUCAACCAGAAGCAACGUCGUUUCAGAUUUCGCCACUGGCAUGAGCGAGUAUUGGGUGUUUCAGUGGAACCAUCUGAGUUUAUGGAGACAACAUGUGUUAUUCAGAAACCCCAAAAGAAGCAGAAACUGAAUGAAGAAGAGGACAUUGAUGGGAACAGCAAAUGCUUGGGAAACUUACCCGAUGAGGUUCUUCGACACAUCAUUUCCUUUCUUCCAACAUCAGAUGCCGUUAGGACAAGCGUACUUUCUAGAAGGUGGGAGUACGUUUGGGCUUCUAUUCCCCAUCUGGAUUUUGCGAGAAAGUCUGCAAAUAGAAAUCUUUUGAUGGAUUUUGUGGACAGGGCACUUUGUCUUCGUGAUUCAUCCAUUAUGAAACGAUUCUCUCUCUCUUGUGAUGUGCUUGGAGAUGCUUCUCGUGUUUAUACAUGGAUUUCUACCGUAGUAAGGCGGCAUAAUGUUCAGGAGUUGCAUAUUAAGCUUAGAAAAGUUGAGGGCUUUGCUCCACUUCCUUAUUGCUUGUUUACUUCUAAUACACUCACAAGCUUGCACCUUGACAUGUCUUAUAUCCUCAAGGUUCCCACUACCAUUUGUUUCUCGAGUCUUAAGAUUUUGGGGAUCGAAAGAGUUACAUUUUCGAAUGAGUACUUGACCCAGCAGCUUUUUUCUGGUCUGCCAGUUCUUGAGGAGUUGAAAUUAAUAAAUUGCAGCUGGGGUAAUCUCAAGUUUGUGAGUAUUUCUGCUCCCAAACUACAUUCACUCAGCAUAUUUGAAAACGAGUUGCCAGAUAUAGAUUUUGAAUAUUUUUGGAGUUCCAGUGAUUUUUGUCAGGUUAUGAUUGUUGGAGAUAGCCUGAAAGAAUUUUAUUACAACAGUUAUCUGAUUUGCGAAUAUUGCUUAUAUAAUUCAUUCUCACUGGAAAAGGCAGAGAUUGAUUCUGAAUGGCAGGACGAUGUUUCAGAACAAAUUGCUCUUCGCAUGCUUAACCUUCUUGUAGGGCUCUUCAACGUAGAACAACUAACACUUAGCUCUCUCAUGAUUGGGGUUCUGAUGGAUGCAAAAGGACACCUCUCUCAAAUGCCUAUGUUCAAUAACCUGAUGGAUUUGAUAUUCGUUGGAGGACUUGUUUAUCUUGACUGUCCAGCACUAUUUAAGAUAUUGCAAAAAUCUCCUUGUCUUAAGACAUUGAAUUUUUGCGAGGGGUUACUCUUGUCGGGGUAUUGGAAAAAUGAUGAUUGGAUGUUGAACCCAGUGCCUCCAUGUUUCUUGUCCCAUCUCAAGUGGAUUAAAGUCAAGUGGAUUGAAGUCGAUAUUUUUUAUGGAAAAGAUGAGGAUCAGCUUUCUGCAGUGAAGUUUUUUCUCAAGAAUGCAGUUGUUUUGGAUGAAAUAAUUAUAACUUGUUCAGAGCAUUUUGAAGGGAAUUUAGAAACGCAAUUGAAGUUUGCUAAACAGUUGUUAGAGCUCCCUAGAGGAUCACAAAAUUGUAAAAUCAUUUUGGAAUGAGCUUUUCUUGAGCAAGCAAUCUAGACAAAAAAAAAGCCAUCAAAUGUCUGCUUUUUUGGAAGAUGUAAAAAGUAUGGCUUCGUUUGUUCUAUUUGGUGUUAAUAGUUUUGAAUGCUCAAAGCUUAUGCUCAUUAUGUACGUGUUCACCGUUCUUUUUAUGAUGUCUUUGGGAAAU